AUGACCGAGGCGUGUGUGUCUGCAUUCUACAGACGCCAACAUCGACGGUGUCAGCUCCAUGACGUGCUGUUCAUGUCGCCCCAGGACGGACAAGAGGAGACGGGAACAGUGUACUACAGCCUUACUUCAGGUGCUUGUCCACCCGGCUACAUCCACAACCGUCUCCUAAACUUCUGCUAUCAGCUUCAUCUUGACAAGUUCCUCUACGCCGAGGGCCUUGCUGACUGUACUACAAGAGGAGAACAUUUGGUUACCAUUGACAGUCCGGACACGCAGAGUCACUUUGUAAAGCAGGUCACAGCCUCAACAGAUAGUACAAAAAGUAGCUACUACAUCCAUGGAUCAGAUGCGGCAACUGAAGGGCAGUGGGUAUACAACGACGGUCGACCAGUGACCUAUUUUGCCUGGGAUUCAGGUUCCCCGAUGAAUGCCACAGCAAGCAGAGACUACAUUGUGGCUCUCAAGUUCAGUGCAUUUCGCUGGCAAGACAGGGGACCAGAGCACUCAAGAUACUAUGCUUGCGAGAAAUAUGUUUGA